AUGGGUCGAGAUGCGAGUGGGGCCAGAGCUAGUAUAAAAGAGGGUCCGUGGCAUCCGUGGAGCAUCAGUCCUCAAAUCCAAGGAACAGCAGCUAUCAUGAGGGCAUUCAUGAUCGUGGUGCUCGCCGCUUCAGCAAUGGCGCGGCCAGAAGCCGGUUACUCUUACUCUCAACCCAGCUCCUCUUAUGGAGCACCAGGAGGUGGAACUACCGGAAUUGGUGGAGGAUUGGGUGGUGGAUUAGGUGGUGGACUUGGAGGUGGACAUGGCGGUGGAAUCGGCGGUGGAUUGGGUAGUGGAUUAGGCGGUGGACUUGGCAGUGGACUCGGUGGUGGAUUCGGUGGAGGUUUCGGUGGUGGCUUUGGAGGGGGCAUCGGUGGCGGUGGCGGUGGUGGUUUUGGUGGAGGCGUUGGAGGUGGCUUCGGAGGUGGUUCUCUGAUUCAAAAACACAUUUACGUGCAUGUGCCACCACCAGAAGCUCCAGAAGACAGACCAGCUAGACCUAUUGCACCACCACCACCACCUCAGAAACAUUACAAGAUUAUAUUCAUCAAGGCGCCUACACCACCAACUCCCACUGCUCCUGUCAUUCCUGCUCUUCCUCAACAAGAUGAACAGAAAACAUUGAUUUACGUGUUGGUUAAAAAGCCAGAAGAAGCGCCAGAAAUCACUUUGCCCACCAUUGCUCCUACCCAACCGAGCAAACCAGAAGUAUACUUCAUCAAAUAUAAGACUCAGAAGGAAGUUACUUCUGGUGGUGGAGGCGGUGGCGGCGGUGGUGGAAUCGGCGGUGGAAUCGGUGGUGGAAUUGGAGGCGGAAUUGGCGGAGGAAUUGGUGGCGGAAUCGGCGGAGGAAUCGGUGGAGGAAUCGGUGGAGGAAUCGGCGGAGGAAUCGGUGGUGGAUCCGGUGGAGGCAUCGGAGGACUGGACGGUCAUGGCGGCAGCGGACCAAGCGGACCCAGCACAUCUUACGGGACACCCGGCGCUUCAGGGCCUUACUAG